UGUGACCACAUUAACACGCAAAUUAAUGGAGCUCGCAACAAAACACUGGCAGCUACAAGUCAUCAGCUUAGUUACCAGAGCUCAAAACAAAGAUUCCCCAAUAACCAUUUAGGAGCGGCACCUAAUCUUCUGUAUCGCGGACUUCAACGUUGAUAUGUCGCUGUAGGAAGAAGUGUAAACAGAGGUAGCAUGCUUAAACCUCUUUUAAAUCACGAUUAGCAUGCGUGAAGCUUAGCUAGCAGAUACCUUCGUCUAAGUAAGCUGUUUAGCCGUAGCAGCCGCCUAGCAGCGCUGGUUGGUACACAACUUUAGAUUUCACGUCUGUCAGGCCUGAGUCGUAUAUAAGGAGCAUUGUUGGGAAGGUGGUCGAUAUGAUAUCAGUGCACCUCACAGCUAUGUAAAUCGCAUUUAAAUGGCUAGCUGUCUGACGUCUGUUGUCUUCGUGCAGUUUUGAGGAAUGGUCUAAGUGCAGCGACACCAGCAAACAUGCACAGUCGUCUACAGGAGCUGAAGAAGGAAGAGGAGACUCUCCUCAAAAUCAAAGUCAUGUUACAAGACCAGCUGAACAGGUUAAAGUUUGAAGAAGGAGCCUUGAAAUCAAUCAUUAAUGGUCAGGUAGAAGAAGGAGCCUCUCAGCCCCUGUUUCCAGAUACAGAGGUUCAUGUCAGCGUUGAUGAUGAAAGCGAGAUCAAUCAAACCAAACUGCUGUUGAGCGCUCCUGCAGAUUAUGAUAUGGAGGAGGAGGAAGAAGAUGAAGAUGAGGAAGAGGAGGAGGAGGAUGAAGAGGAUGACGAUCAGCUUGAUUUAGUGCCUGAGGGGGAUGAGGAAGAAGAUGAGGAUGAUUACUGAGGUUUUUAGCUGCCUUGGUAUUGCAGUGUACUUGUAAUAGUUGCACCACUGAAGAAGAACCAUUGAUAAAUGGACAGUUCUUUAUUUGUUGACCUCUUUUUUUAUCACUUAAGAAGUUUACUUUAUUCUGACAAAGCAAAUAAGCAAUUUGAUAUGAAGUGUUAAGUGGAUGGUAACAGUCACAGUGUGAUGAAGUGUGGUAGUAACAGUUUUUUCUCCUUUGCCUAAUUAAAGGCAUGUUGUCAAGUUUACGUACCAUAUUAGAAUUUAUGUGUCCAUUUUCCUGGUAAAUGUCUCACUGUAAUACAGUAAGACAGUGUUAUAGGUGCUUGUAGCUUACUGUUGAUAUUGUACUGAUGAUAUUGUACAUCUUGAUGAUAAGUGUCUGAGCAGCAAUUCAAAGGAUUUGAGAUGUGUCUCUUAGCAUGAAACUGUAUGGCUGGGCCAUAUAAGAAGGCAGUGAACCUGCAUUAUGUAAUUAGGUCUAACUGUAAGCACAAAAUAAAAUGUUUUGCAUAGGGUU